AUGCAUGCAGUCCGAUCUCUCUAUGGGAGGAGGCACUACUGGCCACAUUUUUUUCUGUAUUUUUUUUCUCUUUACAUUCCUGCUUACGUUUGGUUGUCUCGGCUAAUUUCCGCAUUCCCAAAUCCUUUCAGAUUUGGAUUACUUUGAAACGGGCUGAUGCAACGAUUUCCACUUUUUAAAAUCUAUUCCAGACCAUCGGCCGACCAUAAGAGAGGACAUUUUUCGCACCUGGGAUCAAAGUCAGCUGUGGUUAAGACCGAGGCUGACACGAUGCCAGGUCAGAUCCCAGACCCCUCUGUGACGGCGGGCUCCCUGCCGAGCCUGGGGUCCCUGGCGGGACUCUCGGCCACCACGCUGACAGACCAGCUCCGCUUCGGUGACCUGCAGGACUUUGGGACCAUGCUUUCCCCGCUGCACUUCCUCGACAAGCUGGGGAAGGGGACGCUCUCCAUCAAGGCCGAGAGGGACGACGAGGUGGACCGUCGAAAACGGCGGCGAGAGAAAAACAAAAUGGCUGCAGCGCGAUGUCGAAACAAAAAGAAGGAGAGGACAGAUUAUCUACAAAUGGAGUCGGAGCGGUUGGAGAUGAUGAACUCUGACCUCAAGUCUCAGAUCGAGGAGCUGAAACACGAGCGGCAGCAGCUGAUCCUCAUGCUGAACCGACACCGGCCCACCUGCAUCGUCAGGACCGACAGCGUGAAGACCCCCGAGGGUGAGGGGAAUCCGCUCCUGGAGCAGCUGGGAGCCGAGUGAGGCUCCCGGGGGCCGAGUGAGGCUCCAGGGGGCCAAGUGAGGCUCCAGGGGGCCAAGUGAGGCUCCAGGGGCCAAGGUAGGCUCCAGGGGCCAAAUUAGGUUCCUUGGGGCAAAGUGAGGCACCUGCAGGCAACCUCCAGGAGGCGGUGGACGACUACAUGCACACGUGGCGAAGGGUAAACAUGCAAUGCGUUCCCCGCCACCAUCACAGAGCUCUUAAACCCUGACGUCAAUCAAUCAAGUCAGACACUUGAAACUCUCCCUCUCUAUCUCGAUCCGACUCUCGAUCUCUCUCUUUUCUCUCUGCCGCAGAACAGGAGUAUUUUAUGUAUUUUAUGCAUACAUUUAGUAUUUUAUGCAAACUGCAUAUUAGCCUUGAGAGAGAGAGAGAGAGAGAGAGAGAGAGAGAGAGAGAGAGAGAGAGAGAGAGAGAGAGAGAGAGAGAGAGAGAGAGAGAGAGAGAGAGAGAGAGAGAGAGAGAGAGAGAGAGAGAGAGAGAGAGAGAGAGAGAGAGAGAGAGAGAGAGAGAAAUGCAUUUCUAGGUCACAUCACAUUUCCUGGUAGAGAUAAUCACACGAUUAUUGUUAAGCAUUCGAUGGUUCAAAUGUUUUUUUGUUGUGGUCAUCAUUAUUGUUUUGGACGCAGGCGUCACAUAUGCACAUAUAUAUGUUUAUUUACAGACUGUUGUACUUGUAAUUACUUUGACUACAUUGAUAUAUUCUGUUAUUCCGUUUUUUAUACUUUUGUAUUUUGUCAUGUAGGCUAAACAUUUAAGCAGUCACACAUUGUGGUGUUUUGUAUUUCUACAAGAAAUAAAUGUAUAGGGUUCUUUAUAUUUCCUUUAAUGUGGUUGUAUGAAUGAUUUUAGGAUUAUGAUGUGGCCAUGUUUUGGUGGCUAUCAUCAUGAGCCAAACACUGCAGACCAGAGUGGGAACAUUUCAAGGAAUGAUUAGCUGUAGUUAAAGGAGCCAUUAUUCUUAGGAAUUUAUGGAUUAACAUAGGCAGCCAAUUUAUAAUAUUGCACAGUAGUAUUGCCUUGUUUGAGUAAU